AUGUGUGGACUAUUCAUAUUGGUGCUACUUCUACCAGGAUUAUUCAGUUUAUUUGCAUUUGGAACAACUAUUUUACUUGUUCAUCGAAUUUGGACCAGAGAACGACCAUUGAUGAAAAAAGCUCAAUGUGCUGCAUUUAAACUUUAUGAUCAGGUGUUUCAAUCGUUAGUUCCAAAAGGACUCAAUGAUAAAUUCUUGAAAGUGGAAGAAUCAAAAUCAAAAGAAGGAUGA